UCGCCGCCUCGCCGCCAAGGAGACGAAGGCCUUCCGUUCCGUUGCAAUGGGCAACUGCUUCACCAAGACGUACGAGAUACCCAUCACGUCCGGCACGAUGCGGCGGCCGACGACGACGACGACGGCCGCCGAGCCCCGCAAGUCGCGCGGGGAGCCGCCGGCGGGGUGGCGGCGGCCGACCUUCCCGAGGCACGCGGCCCCGCCGUACCGGCCGGGGUCCUCGUUGCCGGCGGCGGGGGCGAUGUCCCGGAGGGCGUCCGCCGGCGGCGAGGUGGGCCCCGUGCUGCAGAGGCCGAUGGUGGACGUGCGGACGGUGUACCAGCUGGACCGGAAGCUCGGGAGCGGGCAGUUCGGGACGACGUACCUGUGCACGGAGCGCGCGACGGGGCUCCGGUACGCGUGCAAGUCGGUCGCGAAGCGGAAGCUGCUGCGGCGCUCCGACGUGGAGGACGUGCGCCGGGAGAUCACCAUCCUGCAGCACCUCAGCGGGCAGCCGAACGUCGUGGAGUUCAAGGGCGCCUACGAGGACAACGAGAGCGUGCACCUCGUCAUGGAGUUCUGCUCCGGCGGCGAGCUGUUCGACCGCAUCACGGCCAAGGGGAGCUACUCCGAGCGCCAGGCCGCCGCCGUGUUCCGCGACAUCAUCACCGUCGUGCACGUCUGUCACUUCAUGGGGGUCAUACACCGCGACCUCAAACCGGAGAACUUCUUGCUCGCCAGCUCUGCCGACGACGCGCCGCUCAAGGCCAUCGACUUCGGACUCUCCGUCUUCAUCGAAGAAGGUCAGGUGUAUAAGGACAUUGUGGGAAGUGCUUACUACGUGGCGCCAGAAGUACUACAACGAAAUUAUGGGAAAGAAGCCGAUGUCUGGAGCGCUGGGGUGAUAUUGUAUAUACUUCUAUGCGGGACGCCCCCUUUCUGGGCAGAGACAGAGAAAGGCAUAUUCGAUGCUAUACUGGUCGGCCAACUUGAUUUCAGUAUGAACCCAUGGCCUUCGAUAUCUGAAAAUGCAAAGGAACUUAUCAGACAGAUGUUAAACAGAGAUCCACAGAAGAGGAUUACCGCAUCGCAGGCAUUAGAACAUCGAUGGCUCAAAGAAGGCGGUGCGUCUGACAGACCUAUCGAUAGCGCAGUACUAUCAAGAAUGAAGCAAUUCAAAGCAAUGAACAAAUUAAAGCAAUUAGCUCUUAAGGUAAUUGCAGAGAACCUAUCACCAGAGGAAAUCAAAGGCUUGAAACAGAUGUUCAAUAACAUGGAUACAGACAAAAGUGGCACAAUCACAGUUGAAGAACUGAAGGUUGGUUUGACAAAGCUAGGAUCAAAGAUUACUGAAGCAGAGGUUCAGAAGCUUAUGGAAGCGGUUGACGUAGACAAGAGUGGCAGUAUUGAUUACUCCGAGUUCCUUGCAGCUAUGAUAAAUAAGCAUAAACUGGAAAAGGAGGAGGAUUUACUUCGUGCAUUCCAACACUUUGACAAAGAUAACAGCGGGUACAUAACAAGAGAUGAACUGGAACAAGCCAUGGAAGAGUACGGAAUGAGUGAUGAAGCAAACAUUAAACAAGUACUGGAUGAAGUUGAUAAAGACAAGGACGGAAGAAUUGACUAUGAAGAGUUUGUGGAAAUGAUGAGGAAAGGAAUACAAACCUGAGGAAACUCUCUGAUCUCUUUGUGACAUGUUCGAGUAUAUGCUGCAAGUACAUGAAACACACAAAAGUUAACUCCAGAACCAGUUGCUUCGACUGAUGAGCUUGUAUGUGUAUUUGUUGAUAACCAGUAUGCAAAUAAAAGCAUAUAUGGAGUCCAGAUAUUUACCUACCUCAACU